AUGAGCAGCGGCGAUAAGGUUCAGUCAGCGGUAGAUUUUCUGAGCGACCCAAAUACGCAAUCAGGUAGCCUGGAGGACAAGGUACAGUUCUUGCGGUCAAAAGGACUCGAGCAGGCCGAGAUUAACCAGGCUUUGGCUGCUGCGAACAACAAUCGCCGAAUCUUCUUCAGUCAGCCACCGAGAUAUGAAUUGCAGAGAGAUUGGAGAGAUUACUUUAUAAUGGCCGUUGUAUCCGGUGGUCUCGCUUAUGGCGUUGGAAGCCUGGCUAAAAGAUAUCUUUGGCCACAUUUGCAGCCUCCAUCGUCUACGCAGUACGAAUCUGAUCUCAAGUCUUUGAACGACAAGUACGACGAAGCAGAAAGCACAAUGAAGGAGCUGCGUGACGACACAACGGCUAUCAAGGAUUCGUUAGCCGGUCAGCAGGACAAGGUGAACGAGACAAUCGUUGAAAUUGAGAGGGCAGUUGACGGCAUCAAGUCCAGCGAGAAGAGGACUCGAGAAGAGAUGGACGGCGUCGUUCGCGAGCUCAGCGAGAUAAAAUCUCAAAUUCCAAAGCUAGUUGAGUCACAGCAGCAAUCGCAAGCAAGCACUCUUAACGAAUUACAAUCUGAGCUCAAAUCACUCAAGUCUCUCCUCUUAUCAAGACAAAAUGGCGGGACGACGUCACCAAGCUCUUCGAUACAAAUAGGCAAACCACAGAUACCUGCGUGGCAACUAGCCACUGCCAAUGGCACUUCAACGUCGCCCACGAACUCUACAAAUUCUCAUUAA